AUGGUGAGCACUACUACUUUAGUGUUUCUAAUUGUGUCUUCUGGAAUUAGUUUGAGUGAUGCCAGAGCUUCUGGAAGAGGAUGCACACAUUCAAUUCAGUGUGGACGUGGAUUUUUCUGCCAAGAAGGAGCGUGUAGAAAAGAUUCAUGUUCGAAUGACCUACAAUGUGAUGAGGGUGAAGAAUGUCGUCCUGGUAACGUGAAUGGACGGCAGAAGUCCGGAUGCUUCUUAGCUUUAGCCCCGAAAUCUGCCAUCGGUGGAACUUCUGAAGAUUUCUGCCCUGGGGGUGGAGCUCUAGUUCUGUCACCCACUGGUACUCUAACCAUUUGUGAUUUGACUGAAGAUUGUCCAUCGACCCAUGUCUGUAAUCCAGUCCAUGGAGUAUGCUGUACAAAGCUCCCAACAUGCCCAAAAACCAAGAAAACAAUGGUCAACUUCAUCACCGGCAAGCCAAUCAUGUGUCAAUUCAAACAGGGACGCGUUAUGCCUUGCCCUGAAAAUGGCUUCUGCGAGACCACCACUGGUUUCUGUUGUGUUCCCGGAGCAGUCGAAGAGCUGGCAACGCCUCCACCAAGACCAGUAGAGAAUGAGAGACCGUGGAGAGGACAGCAAUGUGCUCCAUCAACUGGAUGCUCUGGCGGAGCUGCUUGUAUUUGUGGUGCCCGUGGAAAUUGUAUGUGUGAGUGCGCCACUGAUUUCGGGUACACCUUGGCAUCGGAUGGAAAAACGUGUCAAAGAGUUAGAAGACGUUUGAAAGAGAAGUGUAAGACAGAUAUGGAAUGCUCGGCAGCGUUCUCCGAGUGUUCAUCAGGAGGAUGUAGAUGCAAGAGAGGGUUCAAGAGAAACGGUGAUGGAGGUUGUGAGCCUAUUGAGUACCGUUGCGUCAACAAAGCUGCUCCAUUGAAACGCGACGAGAAGCUAGUGACUUGCUCAUUGAAAAACUCUCUUCUCUCGGUCUCCUCGAGUUUUAGAAGCCUCAAAAAAUCAUCAGGAAAUGAAACCGACAUCAACGAUGAGGAAUUCGAACAACUUAUGAGAGGAAUUCAAAACGGAACCCAUAAUGAUUUUGAAAAUGGGCGUGACGAUUGCCCAGAAGAGCAUUACUGUGUCCCAGUCUUUGAUGACGCCGCUAAACCUGGCUAUUACAAGGGAUUCUGCUGUCCAUCACCAUCUGAAAUCCGGCCAACAUGUCCCGUCGGAGAACCCCAUGAUUCCUCAUAUCCCCCAGAUUACGGAUGUAGCAGGUGUCCAGUGGAUUAUUAUUGCCAUCGUGAUGCAGUCGCCACAGAGAAGACGAUUUGCUGUCCGAAGCCCUGCGUCUCUCUGGAAGACAUCUACCACGAAGGCCAGUGUUUUUCAAUGGCUUACUACGGAGACAGCUGUCACAUCUCAUCGCAGUGCGUCUACUCGAAGAGUCCGGAUGCGGCUGAGGAGUACGCUGAAGUUGCGAAAAUGGAAUGUGUCCGGAGUAUUUGUUCGUGUCCCGCCGGAUUUAGUUAUGCUGAUGGGCAGUGUAAACGUAUCAUGUGCUCUAUUGGGUUGAGAGGAGAGCCGUCGAUUGAUAAGUCUGGCCAAUUGAUCAGAUGUGAAAGAUCCAGUGAUUGUAGUAUGGGACACAUGUGUGAUCCGAACACUCAUGUGUGCUGCAAAGGAACGAACAGAUGUCCAAAAGACUACGUCGAGACUGGUGAGCAAUGCACCGAUGACAAUUGCCGCGGAAUCAACGAAAUUUGUCAUCGCACCAAAAACGGAAAAGCCAAAAUAUGUUGCACUUAUGAUGACGUGUCGAUGAUGGCGAUGCGAGAUUCUCUGAAUACCACGUCUUCUGCUUCUUCAUCAGUCUAA